AUGUUCUCAGCAUUCAAGACAUUGACCGGGCAAACCGUCACGGUUGAGCUGAAAAAUGAUUUGGCGAUCCAGGGUACAUUAAAGAGCGUCGACCAGUUUCUGAACUUUAAGCUGGAUGAUAUCAAAGUGCUGGAUGAGGCGCGUUACCCGCACAUGUUGGCCGUCAAGUCGACAUUUAUUCGUGGCUCUGUCGUUCGCUCGGUGCACAUUCCCGCAGCUGCUGUCGACACACAGCUUUUGGAGGAUGCCACAAGACGAGAGUCUGAGGCACAGAAGAAGUAA